GGAAUGUUAGGAACAACCCAUGGUUGGGCCUUCAUAUGGGCCAUGGGCUUGGGCCUAGUCGGGCAGCUGCCUGUUGGACUGCUGAACGACAUCUACAAGAAGAGCACAGGGGCAGCAGCAAGGAGGAUCGAACAAUUAUCAAACAAACCAACAGGUAUAUCUACGUACAGACACGCACAAGCAACACCAUCGCGCUCCAAGUGGAGCCGUCAGACACGGUCACUGAUGUCAAGAAAAAGAUUAGUGGCCACCAGAGCCUCUUCUUGGCCGGCAACAGGCUUCAGGAUGAUCGAACAUUUGAAUCCUAUCAUGAAACCCAGAACGACACUACCCUGCACCUCGACUUCGGCAUGCAGAUUUUCGUGAAGAUGCUGAACGGCAAGACCAUCACCCUUGAGGUAGACCCAUCUGAUACAGUCGGUGAUGUCAAGGCAAAGAUACUGGACCAACAGUGGAUUCAGGACCAACAGAGGCUCCUCUUUAACGGACAGCAGCUUGUUGAUGAGCAGACGCUCGCCGAUUACGAUGUCCACAGACUAUCCACCCUGCACCUUGACUGUCCCAUGCAGGUUUUUGUGAAGAGAUCCACUGGCCAGACGAUCACUCUUGAGGUGGAGCCGUCGAACACCAUUGACGAUGUCAAGGGAAAGAUCAGUGGUCACCAGAGUCUCACUUUUUAUGGCAACGAGCUUGACGAUGGGAAGACACUUGCUGAGUGCAAUGUCCAUAUGGGGUCUACCUUGCACCUUGAUGCUUAGCUAGAAAAAUUUGGCGUCUUUUUAUUUUUUUUUGUAUUUUGAUGCUCUACUACUUGAUAUAAAUCGUGUGAUGGCUCCGUUCGUAUACUUUGCGAGCAAGUGUCUUUCAAGUAAAGCUAUCUUUGUCUUGGUUUUUA